GUUUCAGUUGUUGUUGCUUUGCUCACUUGUGUGCUUAGGAUUUCAAGGACUUAUAGCCCGAGAGAGGAGUCUAUGCUGAGCGGAAGUGUCUUCGCUGUCAUUCGCCUACUUCAGAGAUAGAAGCAACAUGUGUGCGGUAUAUAGCCUUAAGCAAACUUAAAAGAGACUGGAAAUUCAUCCCUACAAGAGGGGUAGCCGAGAGACGCAAACCUACAACCCUCCCCUCUCAUGCUCUUUCCUAAUCCUUACGGAUGUAAGGAGUGACCACUUGGUCAGUUGCUAUCACGUGUUGUACCUGGUGGGGUUUCCGCUGAAAGAAGAGAGAGAGCGUGUGAGAGAGAAACUAAUAGGGUUCGGAUGCAUUUGUCAAUGGAUACCUUGGGAAUGGUGGAUGAUGGCUGCCUGUCACCAGACAAUUAUGACAUGGUAAAAGAAGGGGCGUCCAGUGGAGGAGGCCGUGUCCACAGCAUUGAUGUCAUCCUAGGCUUCAAUAAGGACCAGGACCCUUUACUCAACACUGUGGGGGAUGUAAGGGGCCAAAAAGUGGACAGUGGGGAGCUGGAGGACCAGGGGAAGCAGGUCCCGUCCAAUCCCUAUGGACAUCUUCCCAGCCUGGUCGAUAGCACACAGCACUUAGCCUUUCAUGAGUCGAGCCUUUUCUCCAGUGACAAGUGCGAGGGAGAAAUGAGUGACCUGCAGAAAGAGGUGGACAGCGACUGCAAGUCUCCAGAGCCGCCCGAGGAAGACAAUCCCAAGAAGAAGCACAGACGUAACCGCACCACCUUCACCACAUACCAGCUCCAUGAGCUGGAGAGAGCAUUCGAGAAAUCCCACUAUCCUGACGUAUACAGCCGUGAGGAGCUGGCCAUGAAGGUCAACCUGCCAGAGGUCCGUGUGCAGGUGUGGUUCCAGAACCGCAGGGCCAAAUGGCGACGUCAGGAGAAGAUGGACACCAGCAGCAUGAAGCUCCACGACUCGCCAAUGCUGUCCUUCAAUCGACCCCCCAUGUCCUCCAAUGUAGGCCCGAUGAGCAACACCCUACCCCUGGAUCCCUGGUUGACCUCGCCAAUGCCCAGCGGCCCCCCCAUGCACAGUAUCCCAGGGUUCAUGGGGCCUGGGCAGGGUCUACAACCUACCUACACCAGCCAUGGCUUCCUCAAUACACCCCCGGGCAUGGUCCAAGGUAUGCAAUCCAUGCCCCCUCCACCCUAUCAAUGUCCCUCCAACUUCAGUGAUAAGUUCCCCAUGGAGGACGUGGACCAGAGGAGCUCCAGCAUUGCAGCAUUGCGGAUGAAGGCCAAAGAGCACAUUCAAUCCAUGGAUAAAACGUGGCAACACAUGUGAUUGAAUGGCUGAAGCGAGGCGGAAGGAUAUAUCAUGGAGACACUGUGAGGAUAUUAACAGUGAUACAAGUGAAUGUACUGUAUGUUUACAAACGGCCUCUGGAUCUCAUGUUCCAAUGGAGGAUGCAAAGCACAUUGAAAGCUCAUUGAAUGACUCUGGGAGAUGAGGACACCUUUACUUUUUUUUGUCUUGGGUCUGACUGUGCGUAUAAAGGACAUGGAUGUUUUGUUUCAUGAAGGGCCAGUGAAACUAUCAUUUUCUUGUUGUUUUAUUCUAUAAAUGAUUUACACUCUUGCUCCAAUUUUUUACUGUAAGACAAAAAGUUUUUUUUUAAAGAACACAUCACUGACAAAGUGUCACCCACAAUGUUAUGUAGAAAAUCUCUGCAUAUCAAAACAAAUAUCAUUUUGACAUUACAAUAUUUUUCAAGGAAGUGAAGCCAAAUCUAAGUAAUUGCAUCUAGUUGAUGCAGAUGGUAGAGAUGGUGCCAAGCAUGUCCAUGUUCGAUGAAAGGCAUCUGUCAUCUGUCAUGCCAGCUAAGUUAGGAAGACAAGGAUACCUCUAAACUCCUAGAUGAAGCCUUGAAAAUGACUGGUUUAUAGACAUAAUUUAUAGGCAGCUGCACUCAGAUGCAAUUUAGUCAAUGGGUUCCCACUCCUUUGCUAAGAUUUGUUACUUUUUGGCUGAUAUGAUGCAAUGUAUCAUGCAACAGCUUCUUAUGCACACUUGUAUGUCCUUACAAUCCAGAUCAGUCAGAAUUGAUGCUCAGUGCAUCGUUUAAAAGGUGUUCCAAACAGGCAAGUUGAUUUGUUGUAGUAAUUUCUGUGUUUGUUGUGAAAAAAUAAAUAGACACAGGCAUGACUUUUUACAAAUGUUUAUUUUUUAAGUUACGAGACUCAAAGAAUGUGGCGGUUGUUGAUGGAGUUCAAAGUCAGAUGGUGUUCACUGUGUAUGUGUGUGUGUGUGGGGGGGGGGGGGGCGGGUGUGUGUAGCAGCCUGAUGUGUCACUAAACUGGGUCGAUUCAUUGUUAAGCACUAUUGAUUAUAUUCCUUUGUCUAUGGUUGUUGAAAGAAAAUGGUCAAAGGCUCUAACAGGCGUAAAAAAUGACAGACCUUUGGGCUUAGACCUUAAAACAUGACAUCAUUUGUCAUUCAAAACUGAAUAGAGUAUUCCUAAGAUACACGUACAUGUUACCUCAAUAGUUUCCUUCACAAAAAUUGCAUUUUUGUAGCUUUGUAAAGUCUCUAGGAAUAUGUUAGAAUCUCAUCUAUAAACAAUACACUUAACUGCAGUUCUACAAUUGAGCAUUUCUUUCCAUUCUUAAAUGGUGACAGUUUAGAUCUAAAUAACAAUAGCAUCAAUAUUCAGCAUCCUUUUUGUUUCAGGUUCACUCCAGUGCAUCAAAAAGCCAAAGAAUUCAAAUAGAAAAUAUGAUUUACGGUGGGUGAGAAAAUAUUUCAUAAACAAUGACAAAAUUAUGUUUUUUUAAUUGAUUGACUUUGUUGAGAAAAUAAGCCAAUCUUUGUACACUGUGUUAUAUUAUUGAAAGUAUUUCUAUGUUUAGUUGUUUGUUAUGCAGUUGCUGUGUUAUCACAAACCUACAGAAUGUUGCACACUUCCAUGUUCCAUGUGCAAAUGGUAAUAAAGAUACAA